AUUGUGGGCUAGCGAGUGCAAGUUCUCAACCCUUUCCUCGUCUUUUCCUCUAAUAAACAAUCCAAAACGGUAUCGUCUAUAGACAAUGAGCACCCCAGAAGUCUGCCCUUCCUUCCAAACCCCCUUCUCAACUCCCGCGAACAACCUCCUCUGGACACCCUCACCAUCACCGACCACGUCAAGUGCGGCAGCAGAGCCGCCGCCAAAGCCCUUGCUCACCCUCUCAGCGGCAGACUACACCUCACUGCACACGUACAUCACGACAACAACUGUCCUCCCUCAAUCGUACCAGGCCUACAAAACCCUCUACCCGGACGUCCUGAGCCCGCUAACGGCAUCGAACCUCUACUCGAGAACGGGGCAAACACUCGUUUCCACAGCGGCACUGACAAAGUCGUACCAACUCUCCUUUAGCGACAUCUCGAGCAUCGCCACUGCAAUCAUUGGCUUCGCAACGGAGGCGCGGCUAUGGUAUCCGCGGCUGCAAUCGCAGUUGCAAGGACUGGAUGCGACGCCUACGGCAGCGCGCCAAGGUGGGGAGUGGGAGGGGAGGAGGGGGGCUGCGGUCACGGUGUUGAAGAUCCUGUGUAAUUUGGCGGAGAGGAAGGAGGAGAGGAUUGGGGUUAUUUUAGCACAGUUUACUUCGCUACGUGCCGAGACGUUACACUUAAAGUCUACAAUUGAGGAAAUCACCAAUGAGCUGUCCGCUCUCCAAGACACCAUAACAAGGGAAUCUGCAGAUAGGUCGGCGAGGUUACAAGCCCUACGUAUCCAGCGGGCCCUAGUGGAAGAAGAGCGUAGUGAGCGCAAUCGGGAACGAAACCGCGCGUUCCUCAAUCUGGGAUAUAUGUUCGUAAACCCCAUCCUCGGCCUCCUCACCACCGCAGCGACAGUCUCCAACGUCCAGACAGCAUACGAGUCCAAACGCCGCGAGCGCAACAACCUUGACGACGAAAUCGGCGCCGUCCACCACGGCCUGGCUGACCUCGAGAAAGCCACAAUCACGACGUGCUCGCUGGAAAUCGCGCUCACCGGCAUCCUCUCCGUCGUCGAUGCCUUCUUGCAAGUGUGCGGUUCCAUUAAGGCCACCUUCCGCAUCAUGCAAACGAACUUUGAGCUCGUGUCUACUUCCUUGCAUGCUACAUGUGAUUCCACUGCCGGUGAUGGGUUUUCGUGGGCUAUUGAGGACUUGCGGAGGGCUUGCGAGGUUUGGGAGAUGGUUGCGGAGAGGGCGUAUGAGUUUCAAAGUGAGGAGUUCUUGAAGGUUUGUGUUAAGAAGAAAGAGUAAUCGGGGGGUAUUGCUGUUUCUGGAUUAAGGUGGGGUUUAUCGUGGGCUUGGUGGAUUAUGGUUGGGGGUUUCUUUUGUUAAAGUUUUAUGGUAGGCUUGGUGUUUGCAAUGAUAUAUGUGCCCAUAUGA